AUGGAGAAGAAAUGGAGACAGAUUGUGGUGAUGAAACCAGAGCAGUUCCAACUCCAACAACCGACUGUCGAAUCUAAGGUAUGUGGUAGAAAAAAAUCAGUUGCGUGGGAUAACUUUAGGAAGAUCAAUACGUUUAGAGCAGAGUGUAUACACUGCAAUCAGGAAGUCACUUAUAGAUCACAGAAAAGUACAAACACUAGAACUAUGUUGCAUCAUAUGGCUAGGUGUAAGAAGUUGCAUCCAGAAGCUGAAGUUGAGGUUGUUGGUAGUAAGAGAUUUAGGCAAGCUACUUUGAUGCAUAAAGGGAAAAAGAAUCAGAAUCAGGAAGCUGUGCCAUCGUACCUGCAGUUUAAUGAAGAAGAUUGCAAAAUUGGUUUAGUCAGAAUGAUUAUAAAGGAUGAGAUGCCUUUUAGGAUUGUGAAAAGGAAGGAUUUCGAGAAUUUGUUUUCAUUCUCCAGUCUCGCUUUAAAAUUCUUCAAGAAGAACAGUCACUAG